GCGGCAGGAGCAGCGGGUGGGCAAGUUUCCGCGGGCAGCAACCUGGCGAGGGAGGAGGUGUGUGAGGAGGAGGAGGGGGGGGCCGGGAGAUUGCAACUCGCAGAUUGCAGACCGCCGACAUGAUGCGCUUCAUGCUGCUGUUCAGCCGUCAAGGGAAGCUGAGGCUGCAGAAAUGGUACAUAGCCAUCUCGGAGAAGGAGAAGAAGAAACUGGGGCGGGAACUGAUGCAAAUCGUCCUGGGGCGCAAGCCCAAGAUGUGCAGCUUCUUGGAGUGGAAAGACCUGAAGAUAGUGUACAAGAGGUACGCCAGCCUAUAUUUCUGUUGUGCAAUUGAGGACCAAGACAACGAGCUGCUGACUCUGGAGCUCAUCCAUCGUUAUGUGGAAUUACUGGACAAAUACUUUGGAAGUGUAUGUGAACUGGAUAUAAUCUUCAACUUUGAGAAGGCCUAUUUCAUCCUGGACGAGUUUAUUAUGGGGGGCGAGAUCCAAGAUACAUCGAAGAAGAACGUGUUGAAGGCCAUCGAGCAAGCAGACCUCAUGCAAGAGGACGAUGAGUCUCCCCGCAGUGUUCUGGAAGAGAUGGGACUGGCUUAGCUCAACGGACCCAACACACGGCUGAUUUCGGAGAAGGAGGUCUCGGUUGACUGGGGGAGGGUGGGGGUUGAUGGGAUAAAUAAAAACACGACCAGCGUUCUAUUGAUCCUGUGGAAGCCUGUCUGUCUGUCUGAAAUAAAGAAUCAAACUUUUUGUCCUGAGUUUUUCCCUCACCCUUGGGCUUGGGGGAAGAGGAGCAGUUUGAGUUCUAACCCUAUGCUUUGUGCUGCAGCUGGACCAGACAGAGUCAAACAGAUUAACUGGGAGAUGGUGGGGACCAAGUGUAGAGUCAGGACUGGGCUCUCUCUUGGGAGAUGGUAAUGGGGAUUGAUAUAGAACCAGGGCUUGGAGACUUUAUUACAGACAGACAGACAAGAUUUUCUAACCCUUGUCCGCUGCCCCCAUGUAAAGGAAGGGGCUUGACCUGGAAACACCUUUCUUUUCUUGCAUCUGUUCCCGUGUGUGGGUCGCCGAAGCCGUUUCACAGAUGGAAGGCUUCCCUGGUUACGCUGUAGCCGGGCAUGGAUGUGGCAGACCUUUGCCCGCCAAGCUGGGCCCGCUGACGAUGUUCCUCGCCCGCUUACUCCCUCCACGGGGUGUUUCCGAUCCCUUAGACACCUGCCGUCCCAGUGUUACCAUGAGUGGGCUGCCGGCGGGCACCCUUCCGCAGCCAGUGCCACCCGGUGAGCAGAGCCUGCAGUCGCAUUGGCGCAACUGGCAGCCAAAAGCCUUGGGCACAACGUGCGACCCAAAAUUAUGAUGAUGGAAAGUGUCUACCCCAUCCACCCCCCCCCCUCCCCCAACAAAUAAAGAUCUUCGCUGGGCUGUGCACAUUGGAUAUGGAAACUGGAGCGAGGAUGGGUUGUUUGCCUUUACCUGUGGUUCCAGAGUCACAAAUAGACACGGAUUCUUCACCCAAACCAAUUCCCCCAACCCUGUGCGGUGAUGGCCCAGCUGCUCGCAAUGCUGAAUUUGCACCUGUUAUCUAAGGGCUUUGGCCUCACUCUCUUGCAAAGGCGAGGGUGACCGUAGCCCAUUUAUGUGCGUGGACGCACCUUCUAAAAGGCAACACAGGGUUUCAUCCUUAGCGGGCUGUUUAAAGUGCGGUUGAAUGGUUUUGAUCGUUUUUGUGCAGUAGGUAGGAGGGAUUUGGGCCUGUUUCCGCUCGGCCCAGAUGUUGGCUGCCAUUUUCAUGCGUGUGCGUGUGACUCUUGCGGUUGCGCAGAGGGCGGUUGGUGGGUGAGGAGGUAACAUCAGGCUUGGUGACAGGUUAGCUUGGGCGGUAUCAAAGGCGCAUGCACAUUCGUCGCAUGCUGGGACUGCGCCUCAUCACUCAUCGCGGCCUGGUUUCAAACUCACCCACUUGCUGAGAAGUGGCCGUACCUGUGAUGAGCGGUGUACCACACCGGGAUCCUAACAGUGGCACCAUACUGUUAGAGGUUGGGGCAGGACCCGAGUAGGAUGCAGCUAUGUCGUAACCAACGACCUCGGAGUCUGAGCUCUGGUACAAACAGAUCACGGGUGAGGCCGCAAAGCCCCAAUUUCCAACGAGCUUAGUCCUCAAACGUUCUUGAGAGAGCAAGUCGAGUUCUGGCUGCUUUGUCCACUUUAGGUUUAAACCAGGCUUCACGCCUCGAGCAAUCCUUCAAAGCCAAGACCGUAAGAUGACCUCAUUCCGGUAGGAUGGCUUUCUAUGCUACUCCAGGAUCGUAAACAGCCAGCAUUCUCCUCCCCACCAUCUCCUGCCCAAGUCACGCACUGAUUAACUGAUCAAACCAGGAAUCAGGAUGUAGGGUGGGUGAUGGGAAAUAAAUUGUGUCUCGCUCGCAUAGCUACUCUCACUCUCUGUCACUCGCUUUCUCUCGCUCUCGUUUUCUCGUUCACUUUCUCUCGCUCUCGCUUUCUCUCUCGCUCUCGCUUUCUCUCUCUCUCUCGCUCUCGCUUUUUCUUUCUCUCUCUCUCCCUCGUUUCCCCCACCGUCCCACCCCGUGUAACCUGCCAAAAUCUGGCUGUUCUCUUUUGUACAAAACCAAUUGUUUUUUUUUCUCUUCAAAGUCAAUCAUUUCUCCUGUUUGUACAACAUGAAUAAUGCUGAAUUUUACCCAUUUUAAAGGGAAGCGCUUGUUUGUUUUUUAUACCAGAAAUCCCACUUAUCACUAAUUGUUGGGAAGGGUUGGAUCUUUUAUGCCAUUUUCCCACUUGCCGCUAUUUUAACACUUGAAAAUGAACACGGCUCCAGAUGCCAACAAAAUCAAAAUAUCAGUAAAAUAGUUAUACACAAGGCUUAUAAUAAACUGUAUAUUAUCAAUCAACAUAUAAUACAACAUAAGAAUAUGAAAAUCUUGACCCUUGGUGACAGGGCUGAUGUCAUUUAUGAAAUCCCGGUCCACCUCGAUUGCAACUGCUCUGGAAAACAUCUGAUGUAUGUCCGUGGACACGUUAAGUCACAGCGCAUGCCUGAUCGGAGCCAUCGCAGCCAAUCAAAGUGCCCAAGGCCGGGGGUUCAGCUUGCGAUUGGUUACUUCCUGCUGCUGAAACAGUACACGGGGGGUGGCAGGGGCAUUGGGUGUGGUGAAUUCUCAUGACCCAUUUGCCGUUUCUGUGACCCCAAAUGGGGUAGUGACCCACAAGUUCGGGAAACACUGUCAUAUGCCCUUUUCUUAGUCACCCUGUGCUCUCCAGCGUGCUGCCUCCUUUGUAUAACACAUUAGGGUACAAAGGACAGCGACGGGAAAUGCCUCUGUUAAGGAAUUUAUGCUAAACCUUUAUAAAUUAUUGACGGACAGACCCCCUGCUGGAGCAUUGUGGCCAUACCUGGACACCACGCUUCAGGAAAGGGGUCAAGGCCUCGGAGAGAGUGUCGAGAUUUAACAAAGCCCUGUUGUGCUGUAAAACCGUACUCGCACUUCCCAAGAGGAAAGCAGGGCAAGCAAAGGGCAGCUGAAAAUGUGUUGUGUUUUUAAAUAUUGCUCCUGCUCACAGCCAGGAUGAAGUGGGAUUUCACCUGACUUCAGACUCCAUCCUUGUGUUAUCAGAGUUUUGAAUGUUUAUUUUUGGACUAUGUGUGAAGUGAAAAGAUCCAUGUAAAUCUGUGAAAUUGGAGUUUUUAUUUAUUAAACAUUUGAGCAGGUGCA